UCAUCCCAGCUUAUCUUACAGAUAUACGUAUCGACCAUGAAGGUUCCGGUGACAUCCCUGGUCUUAAUGAUCGCUGUCCUGACAGUUGUUCAAUUAUCAUGUAAUUCAGCAUGGGCACAAUUUAUAGAAGAGGAGGAACUCGACCUGCUCUUUGGCUUCUACCACCGGACGUGUCCACAGUUCGAAGCCAUUGUCCACAGGAAAGUGAAGCAAUGGGUUGACAAGGACCGCACAUUAGCUCCCGCCCUCAUGAGGUUGCAUUUCCAUGACUGCUCCGUCAGGGGAUGUGACGCGUCCAUCCUGUUGAACCAACCGGGAAGCGAGAGGAAGGCUGAAGAGAGCAAGUCAUUGAGGGGCUUUGAGCUGAUAGACGAAAUAAAGGCAGAACUGGAGAAGAAGUGCCCAAAGACAGUGUCCUGCGCUGACAUCCUAACAGCAGCCGCAAGGGAUGCCACUGUCAUGGCUGGAGGCCCAUUCUGGAUGGUUCCUUAUGGCAGAAGAGACGGCCGCGUCUCCAUUGCUAAGGAAGCCAAGCUGGUCCCAAUGGGUCACGAGAACAUCACCUCCCUCAUUGAAUUCUUCCAGUCCCAGGGUCUCAAUGUGCUAGACUUGGUCGUGCUCUCAGGGGCACAUACCAUAGGGCGUUGCACAUGCGGCUCAGUACAGUCGCGGAUCUAUAACCACAAGGGAACGGGGAAGGCUGACCCCACCAUAGACCCUAAAUACCUCAACUACUUGAGAAGAAAAUGCAGAUGGGCCUCCGAAUAUGUCGACCUGGACGCCACCACCCCAAAGGCAUUUGACUCAGUGUACUACAAGAACCUUCAGAAGAAGAUGGGCCUCCUGACCUCUGAUCAACUGCUCCACUCCGACCACAGGACCUCCCCCAUUGUUGCUGCACUCGCCUCCCAGCCCCAUCUUUUCCACUAUCAGUUUGGGGUGUCCAUGGCCAAGCUUGGGAAUGUUCAGGUCCUUACUGGGGAAGAAGGGGAAGUCCGCUCCAACUGCAACUUCGUCAACCGCUACUGAAAGCUUAACUUCUACCUCAUCCAUAUCG